UUUAUCUUUUGUCAUUGUAAUUGCGGUUUUUUCUCAUCAUGUCCUACAACUAACUAGGGUUUUCUAUCUGAACUUUCACAUCCAAUAGUAAAUUCCCAAGACUUCUCUUCUGGUCGCUUACCUUCUUUUUCACUACCAUUAUUAUUGUUAUUAUUACUUAAGAAGCUAGAUCUUAAUUGAAAGAGCUUUACUUUCUUAUACAAGAGGAAAAGAAAAAAAAGAAAGAUAAUAAUAAUGGCAUCUUCAAGUGCGUACUCGAAUUCACCAUGUGCUGCUUGCAAGUUUUUGAGAAGGAAGUGCAUGCCAGAUUGCAUAUUUGCUCCAUAUUUCCCACCAGAAGAACCACAAAAAUUUGCAAAUGUUCACAAAAUAUUUGGUGCAAGCAAUGUAAGUAAACUUCUGAAUGAAGUGCAACCACAUCAAAGGGAAGAUGCAGUGAACUCUCUUGCUUAUGAAGCUGAGGCAAGGAUAAAAGAUCCAGUUUAUGGUUGCGUCGGUGCCAUUUCAGUCCUCCAAAGACAAGUUAUUAGGCUCCAAAAGGAACUUGAUGCUACUAACGCUGAUUUGAUUCGCUAUACUACUUGCACUGAAAUUCCGAAUCAUGAUAUCGCAGCUACGAGGAUUGGUGGUGAAGAUGGAGGUGGUUCUUCUCUUGGUCAAUCUCCUCCUCCGGCAUUCUACUAUCCUUCUCCUUGGAACAAUAAUGAUCCACUUGGCGAUGGUUUUCACACAGGAGGAGGUGACAAUAUAUAACUAAUAUGUCAUAUAUUCGCAAUGAUUAUUCCCUCGUUUAUGAUCUAUAACGAUAUACACAAUCCUACUAGCCCUUGUAUGGGUAUAUGUUUAUACCGUAUGGUUUAUAUAUGUCUAUUGUAUUGUACUUUGUGAAAAUGAUCUUGAUAUUUCAUAAAACGUGUAUCUUAUAGUAAAUGCAAAUGAACCACUUUUGUUAUGAAAAA